CUCAGCUAAAUCUGUGAGUAUAGAGCUUUUCCUUAGCUCUCACUCAAAUUUCAACACUCAACCAAGAAGAUUUAAAAGGAAAAUUAAUUCUAGGGUUUUAGAUUUGCAUCGUUUUUAAUUUAGGAUUUUCAGUUCACGAAAUGAAGCAAAAGAACGGCCAAAAUCAUACUACGAAAUUAUUAACUUACGUUUUAAUCGCUUUAAUUGCUGCUCUCGGAUUGGUUUGUCUGUACUAUGGAUCUUCAUUUGCUCCUGGGUCGAGGAGAUCCGAUGAAAAUAAUUCUCUGUUGGAUGGAUCCGACCCGGUUUUUGGUCGGUUUUCAAGGCACAGAGAUUUGGUUGAUUUGCUUGACGAGCAAACGUACUAUCCGGAAGCUCCUAAAAGCAUCCCUAUAUGUGACGUCAAAUAUUCUGAGUUGAUACCCUGCUUAGAUAGAAACCUUAUAUACCAGCUGAAAUUAAAGCCUAAUUUGUCAGUAAUGGAACACUAUGAGCGGCAUUGUCCGCCGCCGGAGCGUCGUUACAAUUGCUUAAUUCCGCCACCGAAAGGUUACAAGAUCCCUAUAAGAUGGCCUACUAGUAGAGAUGAAGUGUGGAAAGCUAAUAUUCCCCACACACAUCUUGCGGAGGAGAAAUCGGAUCAGCAUUGGAUGAUUGUUGAUGGGGAGAAAAUAAAAUUUCCUGGUGGCGGAACCCAUUUUCAUGAUGGUGCUGAUAAGUAUAUCGUUGGUCUUGCUCAGAUGCUGAAAUUUCCUGGUGAUAAACUUCACAAUGGUGGACAUAUACGAAAUGUUCUUGAUGUGGGAUGUGGAGUUGCAAGUUUUGGAGCCUAUCUCCUACCUCUUGAUAUUAUAGCCAUGUCCCUUGCACCUAAUGAUGUACAUGAGAAUCAAAUACAAUUUGCGUUAGAAAGGGGUAUCCCUUCGACACUUGGUGUGCUGGGAACAAAAAGGCUUCCAUAUCCAAGCAGAUCAUUUGAGCUAGCUCAUUGUUCCCGAUGCCGAAUAGACUGGCUUCAGAGAGAUGGUAUUCUCCUACUGGAACUUGAUAGAUUACUGAGACCAGGAGGGUACUUUGCAUAUUCUUCUCCUGAAGCCUAUGAACAAGAUCCGGAAAAUAGAAAGAUCUGGAAUGCAAUGUACAGCCUUUUGAAAAGAAUGUGCUGGAAAGUUGCUGCAAAGCGAGGCCAAACUGUUAUAUGGUCUAAGCCUCUGAGCAAUAGUUGCUAUUUGAAGAGAGAUCCUGGGACUCAGCCUCCUUUGUGCAGUUCUGGCGAUGACCCAGAUGCCAGCUGGAAUGUGUCUAUGAAGGCAUGCAUAACUCCUUACUCUGCAAAGAUGAACAAAGAAAGAUGGAGUGGACUACGUCCUUGGCCACAAAGGCUUACUGCAGCACCACCUCGUCUUCAAGAAAUCGGAGUUAAUGCUGAGGAAUUCCUUGAAGAUACUAGAAUAUGGCAUUCUAGAGUAAUUGGAUACUGGAAGCAGAUGAAGUCUGUUAUAGAGAAGAAUUCCUUCAGAAAUAUCAUGGAUAUGAAUUCAAACCUUGGGGGGUUUGCCGCUGCCCUUAAAGAUAAAGAUGUUUGGGUAAUGAAUGUUGCUCCCGUAAAAAUGUCUGCAAGAUUGAAAAUUAUUUAUGAUCGAGGCCUGAUUGGUACUGUUCAUGAUUGGUGCGAAGCUUUUUCUACAUACCCAAGAACAUAUGAUCUUCUUCAUGCCUGGGCAGUAUUUUCUAAGAUUGAGGAGCAUGGUUGUAGUGCAGAGGAUCUCUUGAUUGAAAUGGAUAGGAUACUGAGGCCAGGUGGGUUUGUCAUUAUGAGGGAUAAAAGCUCAGUUAUAAGUCAUAUCAAGAAAUUUAUCUCUGCAUUGCUGUGGGAUGCUUGGUUAUCCGAAGUCAAACCAGGAACCGAUGCUCUCUCUGUUGGUGAGGAAACAGUGUUAAUUGCACGAAAGAAGUUGUGGAGUGAUGAUGGGUUUAUGACGAUGUGAAUUUACAUCUUUUCCCUUCCAGACUGGAAAGUUGUAGCCACUGAUGUAAGAGGAAGAAAGAUUGCCAUUUGAGAAGAAGAUUUCUGUUGUACCUGAAAAUUUGUAAUAGGACUAGAGGGCCAAAGAUGAAGAUGAAUUGUCAUCUUGUGGAAUGUGGAUGAAGUUAUAUAAAGUAUACUUCCUGCUGGUUGCUGCAAAUAUCUAUAACCCUUGAAAGAAAAGCUUUGUAGGUGAUUAUUUUCUUAUACACCCAAGGAUGUGUUAUUAAGUACGUAAACCAGUAUUAGUUUUACAUCAUGUUUUCUUGUUUUUGUAUGUAUCUUUGUAAACAUAUUUUUAACUGGAAAAGACCUGGUAGAGG